AUGAAAGCAUCGCCAAUCCAUCAACUUUUAUUACUCUCAUUUACAAUUUUAUCAAUAGUUUUUUCAGUCACGACCGCGGCAAAGGUAGAAUUCGCAUAUGUUGGGGAGAAAGGACCUGCGUUUUGGCAUCAACUAGAAGGCUCUUCUUCAUUAUGUCUGGAAGGCCUUCAUCAAUCUCCCAUUGACAUUAUCCCAACCGAUUAUUCUAAAUCACAAAUCCAUCCUCCGUCUGAUGUUCGAGUUAAAGAUGUUGAGGAGGCAGAAUUAGCUCAUAUU